UGCAACGCCUUUCGCCAUGCGUUUCAGCCUGAGGUGGGUGGCCAUUGCCUUGGGCUGGCUGCCAAUUCUGGUAAUGGCUGAUCCCUGCCUGGAUUUCUAUGCCACCGCCUGCGGCAACUGGUCGGCCAUUCAUGCCGACGAUCCCUACCGGAGUUUGGUGGGCCAGCUGGACUACGAUUAUCAGGAAGAGUUGGCCGAGCUGCUGGAAAGGGGGAAACAGGAUGACGAGCCCCGCUUUCUGCAGCUGCUGAGGGACUUUUACGCCUCCUGUCGACGACCCUUAACCAAGGAUCAGGUGCUGAGGGUGCUGGAAAAGCUGAUUGCGCUGGAAAAUGUGGAGGAUGAGGAGCUGACCGUGGGCCUCACAGCCGCCUUUCGCCUCGAGGUUCUGGUCGAGAUGGAGCGGCACAAUAUGUAUGACAUUUGGACGCAGCUGCUGACCCGCACCGAUCUGGACUGGGAUCGAAACGAGACGAACAGGGAGCCCCUGAGUCGCCAGAAGUUCGAUCUCCUGUGGCAGUUCGGUGAAGUCUAUCACGACAAGGAACUCGCUUGGCGCCUUUUGAGCAAUCUGGAAUGGCCCAUAAUGACCAAUCGAGUUGAGGAUGACGAUGACGAGCUGCCGGGUUCAUUGGGGCAGCCUCCAGCAUUUUGGAUGCUGCCCUGGCCGAAAUUCAAACCCACCUACGGCUACCUCAGGUGGUUGGCCCGCUCGCUGGCCGAUUCGACCAACCGGUUCUUGCUCAUCUACAUUUAUCUGAGACUAAAGUUGGCCGAAGGACCCACCACAUCCUGGCGCAUCGAACGCGCCGAGUGCGCCGAGCAGGCCAGACAGAUCCUGAGCCAUCCCGCCGUCUGGUUGAUGGAGAAACACCAUCCCAGGCUCAAGGAGGAGCCCCUUCUGCAGGACGUUUUCCAGGAACUGAAGCAGCGCUUUGGCCAGAAACUUCGGGCCAACAGAAACAAUUUCUCGGAACGCACCCAGCAGUAUUUACUCAACAAACUGGAGCGGAUGGAGCUGCGAUUGAGUGUCCUGCCCCGGAACUGUUCAACGAAAUCCCUGGUGCGACGCAUCGAUAGGCAUUACGAGGAUGUUUACAUGAACGCCACCGACUACUUUACUAAUCUCCUGGCCGGCCUAAAUCACUCCAGCUUGCAGAACGACCAAGACGAUAAUGUGUCAUUCAACAUAUGGACCAUGAUAGCCGAGCCAGUUCCUCGGGAGAUGACCUCCAGGAACGGUUUGUUCCCCGUCCAAGUGCAUCGAUUUGGCAGCUUUGCCUCGCCCUUUUACAUGACUGCGGAGAACAGGCUGCUCGUGCCCCUGUCUCUGCUGGGGCCACCGCUCUAUUCGGCCAACCAGGCGGACAUACUCACCUACAGUGGCCUGGGCUUCGUCCUGGGCCACGAACUGACCCACGGCUUCGACCCGGAUGGAGUCAACUUCAACUCUCGCGGGCGGGCUAGCCACCUGGUUAGAAGGGAACUGAAGAGGAAUGGGCGGUUCCAGCGCGAACUGCGCUGCCUGAAUCGGAAGUUCGGCAGCAGACGCGACGAAAAGUUCGCGGACGCGAAUGGCCUGGAACUGGCCUACUCCGCCUACUUCGACACCGCCCAAACGGACCGCAAAAGGGAUCCACUGCGCGGAUCGACGGACCAGAAGCAGCAGUUCUUCCUCAACUUUGCCCAGUUCUUCUGUUCCGAUGAGGAAGCCAGGGAGGACGGCGAUGACCAUGGCAGCGACAGGGAAAGGGUCAACGAUGCAGUGGCCAAUUUUGAGCCCUUUCGAGAGGUCUUCGACUGUCCGAUUUCAUGGAAUCGCAGGCGACAGCAGUGUCGAUUGUUUUAGUUAAAAAUAAUUGGUCCCUAUUAAAUGUGAACCCCUUUAAUUAACUUACGGAUGUUUACUCGAAGCAGCUCAGAAUAAUCUAAAAGGCAAAAUGCAUUUGUGUGACAUUUAAUUAGUUUAUUUAUUCAUUAUUGGAUGCACCGUCGAAAUAUAUGUACAAAAUCAAGCCGUAAUCAGAUGAAACGGUAGCCAAAGCUGUCGUCACCAAAUACAUAUAUAAAUAGUUAACACAUUCCACUCAGACAGACAACUUUCAGCUAUAGUUAUGGUUAUAUGUAGAUUAUAGUUCAGUUUCAGUUUAAGUUGUGGUAUUAGGUUGCUUGUAGUUUGCUUAGUCAACUAGCUAGUGUACACUUAAAACAUUUAAACUGGAAACUGCAAUUGUAAUUGUAAUUGUAAAACACUUGUACACAUAUCAACAUUGAAUUCCAAUUGUUUAUGCUGUUUCUUAGACUAGAAAAAAAAUAUAUGCGUAGCCUACAACAUCAA